AUGAUAUCCUCAGAGUUCUUUUUUGAAGAUACCGAAGAUGAAACCAACGAGGACAUGAUUAUGGUUGCCAGAAAUAGAAGGCUAAUAAGGGAUUCUUCCAAUCCUCUGGAGCUUCCAAAUAAUUUAUUUUUGAAACACUUCCGAUUAUCAAAAUUAGCAUUUGUUCAGUUGUUGGCGGACAUCGAAGAUCGACUCAAGCCAACUAAAAGAUGUACGGCAAUACCGAACGUAGUUAAACUGGCAGCUACAUUAAGAUUCUGUGCCCACGGAUCAUACCAAUUUAGCGUUGGGAAUGAGUACUGUCUCGGCCUUGCACAGUCCACUGUGUCCCUUGUACUUAAGGAAGUACUUAAUGUCAUGGAAAAUCAAAUUUGUCCAAAAUGGAUAAAAUUUAAUUGCUCUGAAGUAGAAAAAAGUCGUGCCAAAUUAUACUUUUUCGAAAGAAGCCAUAUACCAGGUGUAAUAGGUUGCGUUGAUGGUACGCAUAUCAAAAUUGCAUCUCCAAAAAAGGAGUUACAGCAUGCGUACUACAACCGCAAAGGAUUUUAUAGCAUAAAUGCGAUGAUCGUUUGUGACGAUACAAUGAAAAUACGAUUCAUAAAUGCAAAACAUCCUGGGUCAACACACGAUUCAAACGUUUUUAACAUGUCCAGUUUGAGGACACUUUUAGAAAGAGAACAGCAAAGAGGGCAAACAAACACUUGGCUGCUUGGUGACGCAGGAUAUCCUUUGAAGCCAUAUUUAAUGACCCCAUUUCGAAAUACUGAGACAGGUUCGUUAGAAAGCGCAUUUAACAAAAAACAUGCACAGGGAAGAAACAUAAUAGAACGUACAAUUGGUGUGCUGAAAAAUAGAUUCAGAUGUUUGCUGAGGGCAAGACAGUUGCAUUAUUCUCCAAAGAAAGCAACACAGAUUACGAACGUGUGUGCAGCUUUGCAUAAUAUUUGUCUUUUCCAUAAUACUCCUAUAUUGGAAGACUUCAUAGAAGAACCUGAAGGUGACGAUUCGGCAAACUUGGAAAAUAUGAUUGAAAACUUUCGAAACGAGGAAGAUGUUUCAAUACGAAACCAAAUUGCAUUGUCAAUGUUUGAAACUUAAAUAA